CUUCGGAAGAGGGGGUGCCAUCCUUUACACUUCUAUUGUGUUGCAUAUUGGUAUCUUUCGCGGAAAAGGUCAUCCGCGCACGACUCGCCAGUCUGAUGAAAAUACCAAAAUGCUGCGAAACUUGACUUGGUUUUCAGUUUGUCGUUGUACACUGGCUGCCAGCCGCUAGCUAGUAUUUAAGACAGGGGCCGCCGCGUGGAGGAAAAAUACCAUUAUCGUCGUCUUUUUAAAAAAAACAUUCCAAACUUUUACCUUUAUAACUUAUAUUUCCCCACACAACCUUAAUAAUUUUACAAGCACCAAGAAUGGCACCCUCCGGCAAGCACUUUAUCUCUGACCCCAAGACCCUCGUCAGGAACAGCCUCACCGGCCUGGCCAUGGCCAACCCCCAUCUGGCUUUUGAUGAGCAGCAGAAGGUCACCUUCACUAAGGAUCUGGCAGACCUUCGCCAGCAGCAGGUGACGCUGUUCUGCGGUGGUGGAUCCGGCCACGAGCCCGCCCACGCAGGCUUUGUCGGCCACGGCGCACUGACCGCCGCUGAGCACGGCACGCUGGUCGUCAUCAAGAACUACACCGGUGAUGUGCUGAACUUUGGCCGCGCCAUUGAGCGCUUCAAGUCCGAGCGCGUCAACCAUGGAAAGCCCCUGCCCAACGUCACCACCGUUGUUGUUGACGAUGAUGUUGGUGUUGUCAACCCUAACGACGAUUCAGAGGGUGGUGUUGGCCGCCGCGGUCUGGCUGGCACAGUUCUCGCAUACAAGUUGGCGGGUGCCCAGGCUGCGGCCGGCGGUUCCCUGGAGCAGGUCAAGAAUAUUGCAGACUACGCUGUCUCCCACUCGUUCACCAUUGGGUGCGCGCUCAACGCUGCUUCCGUUCCGGGCCAGGGCAUGCCGCGCUCGCUCAAGGACAACGAGGUCGAGAUCGGCAUGGGCAUCCACAACGAGCCUGGAUUCGAGACCAAGGAGCUGCAGGCCGCCGAUAUUCUGAUCCCCAGCCUGGUCAAGCACAUUGUCAGCAGCGAGCCAUUCAAGAAGGCGUGCCCGGUUGUUGAAACACCCGCCAUCACGCUGCUUGUGCUUCCCAAGGAUGAGUCACACUACAACAAUCUGCUGGCACUCGUUGACCAGCCUGCCUACUGUCCGGCUGGGUCAACCACGCGCCACGACGAGUCCGCCCAGGGCCCGUCUGUCGAGUUUGAGCCUGCAUCUGACCCCACCUGGGAGCGAGUUAUUGCUGAGGCAUACAACAACGUUGUUGUCGAGGAGCCAUAUGUGACCCUUCUUGAUCAGCUCAUGGGCGAUGGUGACUGCGGACAGGUCCUGCUCUCCGGCGCCACCGCCAUUCACGAGGCCUCUGAGGCCAAGGAGCUGCCUCUGAACGACCCCGCGGCUGCUUUAGCCCGCAUCUCGUCCCUGAUUGAGGACGCCAUGGGCGGUACUUCGGGUAUCAUCUACUGCCUGUUCCUCGACGGCUUGGCCCAGCAGCUGUGCGCGCUGGAGAUCAAGGACAACGGAUCCCUAUCCGCUAAGGUUUGGGGCAAGGCUAUGCUCGGUGCAUUGGACACUCUUUACCAGUACACCACUGCUCGCCCUGGCCACCGCACGCUCAUCGACGCCCUGCAGCCCUUUGCCAGCACUCUGAGCGAGACCGGGAGCCGCAGCACCGCCCAUAUGCAGCCGAAGCGCGGCCGUGCUGUCUACGUCCAGUCGAAGGAUAGCACUGCAGAUGCCGGUGCCGCCGGUUUGGUUGCUGUGCUUAAGGGCGUUGUCAGCGCGCUCAAGUAAUACAAAUGCUUGACUGAACACCUAUUUUUAAUAACCUUUAAUUAUCCGAUUCAUUGUACUAAUUUCAUAUGCAACUAAAUUCGUUA